AUGGCACAGCCUCACUCUGCUGCUCCAGCCACGCUGCUCUGCACCCUCGCCGUGCUGGUCCAAACGUCUCUGUCAGUGGACCAUGUGCCGAUGCUGCUUUGGUCAACCCAGAGAUCACAGUGGAAUCCAGACACUACUAUGCAUGAAGGACACAUUAUCUCAGCACAGGAGCUGACAGUACUCUUGCAGCCUGUUUUGACCCAGAAAUCCAGAAACCUCGUCUUGUUCCUGCAAGAUAGGCUUAGCAUAGAUGAUUUCACAUACCUCAGUGAAUCCUAUGGUGACAAGAAUCCAUUUCAAAAUGUUCAGGAAAUUCUUCAGUCUUCUCCUUCAUCUUUAGUUUUGCCAGCUGUUGACUGCAAGGCUACCAGGUAUCUUUUGAGCUUUCUUCAAGAGUCAGGAGAUUGGAAGUUAACAAAUGUAACUGAUCCCAAUGUCUCUCAUCUGGAAGUGGAUGCAUCUAAGCCAAAUUUACUGGUGGUUCAGCUACAACCACUUGGCAGUGGUUUAACAGAGAUUUCCACCCUGGAAGCAAUUGCUGAAAAUGACAAAAUAAUUGGAAGAGUGACCAUGGCUCUGCAGGAACGAGGGAUUCAUUUUUCAGUAAUUUAUACUGCAGUGAGACCUUCAAGGGUUUCUAGAAGAACUGAUGUGAUUGCAGGAUUAAGACGACAAUUAAUGGCUGCUGAGGAAGAAGAAAAUUCAGCAUAUCCUCCUCUCAAUGUGACCACUGGAAAUGAUACAUGCAUCCUUUUUUAUGCUAGGAAUUUCAGCCUCAAAGCCAACAGUUCAGUUUUAAUAGAUUUGACAAAUGCAACAUUUAUAACACAGAAUGUGGAUAUUUCUGCCUCUGAGUGCUCAAACAGCAACACGACACUGUCAUUAAAAUACACAAAUCCAGUGAGUGGAAUCAGCAGCCUAGAGAUAAGGUUUUUAAUGACCAAGAAGUUCUAUGAAGGCUCAGCUAGAAAUUGGUCCACUUUAGAUUCAGUUGAGAUUGUACAAGAUGGAGAAAAGUUUGCUAAAUUUAAUGUUUCUGUCAUCUCUGCUCCUGCAGAGUAUUCAUCUCAUUGUCAGCUGGUGGGAACAAGCAAUCUCUAUCCUGCAAGGCUGGUUCCAUCCAAUGAUGAGGCAAAAAAUUGGGAUGUUUUCAUUUCCAGGUUACAAAUUCAGGGCUUCAACAUUGUAAACAAUACAUUUUCCUAUGCAAGUGACUGUACGGGUUUCUUCAGUCCUGGAAUCUGGAUGGGCUUGGUGACAUCUAUAAUUUUAGUGUGGAUCUUGACCUAUGGAAUCCAUAUGAUUAUGCAACUCACAACAAACAACAGAUUUGAUGAUCCCAAAGGUCCAGCUCUGUCAGUUCCUCAGACAGAAUAGCCAUGGACUUAGUGCUGCUGUGGCUUUUCCUGGUCUGAUAUUUAUGAUUUUUAUAACCUUUUUACUUCAU